AUGUGUACUUGGGAAGAAACAUUUGAUAAAAUUAAACAUAAAAAUGUUCGAGAUAAUAUUGAAAAAGAAUUAGAAGAACUUCUUGAUUCUUGGGUUGAUAAAGACUGGACAUUAUUAAAUAAAAAUAUAAUUUAUAAAAUUAAUUAUGAAUUAAAAGAAUUAAAAUUGUUAUUAAAAUUGAAUAGUAUUAAAAAAAUAAAAGAUAGUAUUAUUGAUUUGAUAGAAUUAAAUGAACUAUCUGAAAAUAUUGAGACAGAAGAAGAAUCUUAUGAUAAUUCAGAUGAAGAAUCAGAAGAAAUAGUUAGAUUAGGCGAGGUUAGUGUUCCUACUAAAAAGCAUGAUGAAAAUAUGAUAAGUAUAAAAAAUAUUGGAUUUAAUAAUAUCGAACGAGUAAAUAGGUUUAUUAAAGCAUAUCAUCCUGAAGAUAGUGGUGUGAUUGUAACUAAUAAAAAUUUUUCUGAAAAUUCACAUGAACAAGCUAAAAAAAUGAAAAUAUUAAUUUGUCAAUCAAAAAAUAUAGUUAGAAAUAUUAAAAAAGAAAUUGAAAGAAAAAAACAAAUAUUAUUAAAAGAUUCAAAUGAACUAAAAGAAUUAAUUGUAGAAGUGAUCGAAGAAAUUAUUGAUAAUAAUGUAAAUGAAUAG